CACCUGCGGCGGCGGGGCUGCCAGCUGAGCUGAUCCUCUGAUGGUUGUUCCUUUACGUGUGUCCCUCAGCAGGUGGUGGGACCUCGUUCCGGGGUGAAGGAGGCAGAUGGUGUUGCCCAGAGGCAACUCGAGUCAGUAAGGGGCACAUGAGAGCACAAUUCCACCUCCGCCGCCUUGUCUAUUUUGGAAGUGUUCCGAGUGUGGAGCCGCACGUGACCGUCACACGCACAUACGCACACACCAGACGAACACGGGAGAGCCGCACACACUCACACGCGAGGCUCAGUCUGUAGCAGCCUUUGCUGGCGUGGACAUUCCGCGACUGCUCCGCUCGCAUCUUAUCGCUUCUGGCAACCAGUGCCGUGUAGAGCUGUGGAUGGCACGAGCCUUAAGUAGCACCUCUCUCAUACAGGAGCCACCGCCUUGGGGCAUCCUAAGUUUUAUUCUGUGCAUUACCGUAGAAGCACCGACCACGAUGCUGGGGCGACACAGUUUAUUUUGAAUAGAUAUAUAAAUACAAGUUUACUGUGACAUUUUGUGAUAUUGGUGUAAGUUGCAAUAGAAAAAGAAGUAUCACCGAGCUGCGUCACAUUGCGCGACUCAGGACACAGCUGUGCUGAGUAGCUGCGGCCCAGUGUAUGGUGCAGAGGGGCCGCCCGCAGACCGGCCGGAAAUAUUAAUACACAAGUUAAGGUUGAAAGCGACUCUAGUGUGCGUGGAUGUUUGCCUGUGAAGUGGAAGCACGUGUGACUGCUGGCGGGCACUGGCUCCGUCUGGUCCACGCUUCCGUGCCCCGACCUAGAACACAGCCGAGCUCCAACGUGCCCUCUUGUCCCCGCCCCGGCCCCGCUUGGGACCAGGGGUAAGAGGACUGGCUAGAGCCUAGGCCCCUUUGGAGCCACUGGUAAUGGCCACGGUAGUGAAAGAGGAACCAGAGGCCCCUUACAGCCUCUCUCUUCUCCUGGGUGACCGUAAUUCCCGCUGCAGAACCAUGACCGCUUCAGCUAUGGGCCCUGGAGCCCCACCCUCGCCUGCCGUUCAGCACCAGACCUGCGGCGCUCAACAGCAGCCGCCGCAACAACCAAUCAUGAAUGGAGUGGCCGCCUUUGAGAGGGUGCCAGCCCACUCCCCAUCCAACGUGCCUCCUGUCGAAGGCACCAAGAGACAUCCGUCACCCAUCAAACCCACCGCCAAUGACCCGCUUUCUCAUCGCAUCAUCGAGAAGCGACGGCGGGACAGGAUGAACAACUGCCUGGCGGACCUGAGCCGCCUCAUCCCCACCUACUACCUCAAGAAGGGCCGCGGCCGCAUCGAGAAGACCGAGAUCAUCGAGAUGGCCAUCAAGUACAUGAAACAUCUACAGGCCCACGCGUGCAGUCAAAUAGAGAACUGUGAGGUGACAGCUAAGCAAGAGAAGACAGGAAACCAGCUGGAACAGUUCCAUCUAGGCUACCAAGAGUGCAUGUCUGAGACAAUGCAGUUCCUGGUGGAAAGUGAAGGCUUCUUCUCGGGUGACUCCCUGUGUGUGCGGCUCAUGAACCAUCUCACCAAGCACUGCGAAAAGAUUCUCAACAGUGAAGGUUACGUGACCAGGCAAAGUGGUGCAAGUUCCUCAUCCAGUGGGUACCAUGCCAACAGCUCCUCUGCGGGCUCUUCCAGUGAUGGCAAUGGCAAUGGGUCGAGUCACAACUCUGAGAGUAAGGAAACUCUUGUUACAGAAGAGUCUGCAUACCGGUCUGAAGAUCGUCAGGGUUCAGAUGAAAGAGAAGACAAACUGGGUAGUUCCUCCUCUCUGGAUGGCAGCUCUGGGGUUGGCAGUCAGCUGCGUGAGAUCCUGCAGCAGCACUCUGGUCCAGGAAACAGUGGAGAACGGCGGUGUGGAGGGUAUUCCUCGGGCCUGAGCUCCAACAACUCUUCAAGCGGUGAUGACAACAACAACAGUAAUAGCAGCCGCCUCUACAAAUUCAAGUCCAACAUGAAGCACCGAUUCAGUGCUGACCUGGAGCAGUCCCACCAAGUGAGAAAGAAGCGGAGGGAUUCUGAAUCGUCUUGUGGAAACUACACAGAUUAUGAAAAGGACCGAGUGACACCCACUGGCCCAGCCUCCCGGGCCACCCCAUCCCAAGAAAAUUUCCCGACAGAUUCAGCCAAGCUGCUGGAUGGACAUGACAGCCCUGUGCCAGAGAAGAACCAGAGAUCACCAACUCCCACUCCCAAAUGUGAAAACCAAAUGGGGAGCAGCUCCCCCCACAGACAGGUGCCUGAGAUGGGGUCUGCAGGAACUGUCCCCAUUUUUGCCCUUAACCAGAAUGGCAGCUUCUAUGUUCCAUUAACAAUCGACAACUCCCUAAUUGCCCCCAUCAUGUCUGGUCUUUCAGACAUAUCACCUGUCCUUCACCCAAUUUCCAUUAGUGUAAAUUUCUGUGGUCCAUUCCCUACCAUCACUUCUAGUAUAGUACCCCCAGGCCAGCCAGGUUGUGCUGCAGCCCACGUACCCAACACCCACCACCUCCUGGGCAACCGCUUCUCCCACAUGACACAUGGCGCUGCUCUGAACAGCUUUGAGUCAGGGGUAUACAAUGGCCGGCCCCACCCUAGGGUCCCCUACGACAGGAAAAAACGUGACCCAAUGCGGCACACUUCCCAGUAUGAGGAGCCACGAGUUGGGAUUCCUGGUGGAGUAGGAGCACCAGAAGGUGUGGAGAAGUGGGAGCCAAGUGAUGUGGACAUGAGGGAACAACACCACCACCAUCACCAACACCAUCCCCUCCAUCCGGAGGGUCCACCACGGGAAGCUGGACGGGAACUCCCCUCUUGGUUAGAACACAUGCGGGAUGUCAAGGACACAAAAGAACAGGAGAAGCCACACGAGGCGAGAGAGAUGAGAAAUGUGCGUUCUGGAAACUUAAGGGACCUUCGUGAUGCGAGAGAAAUGUGGGACAUGCGAGACUCAGCACAAACAGUUCGUGAAUAUAUUGAUACCAGUGGUAACUAUCCUAAAAAUGCUACAUAUUCUCGAACUCCCCCACAUUGGACACCUGCGUACCAUGUCCAGCCUAAGAAUUAGAAGGUUGUGAAUUAAAGUAAAUUUUCACUGUAUUGUCUAGAAAGAAAAUGGUCACCCAAAUAGAUUUCUUCCUCAUUGAAAGAUAUAGUUGUAAUAACCUAGUGAAAGCAAUCCUUCAGCAUUGUAAUCCUAUGAAAAUAAACAUGUUCUAUUGUAAUAACAAGAAAAGUUUAAAUGAUGGAGUUAUAUAGGUAACAUCAUUAAAUGGAAUAUGUAUUAUGCUCAGUGUUAAACAAUGUAUGUUUGGAAGUACGUACGUUUACCGCAAGUGAGUGGGCUUACAAAACAAUACCAAGUGCAGUGUGGCGGUGACUCAGAGACAAGUGAAACAUUCAUCAUGUUCUGAGGAGUUUUGCUCAAUAACAAUGUCACUGGCUAGAAACUAGUUAUGUGAGUGUCCUAUUCAUCUCUACAAACAAUGAAAAAUAAAGACAUGAAAACAGGAUUCAUACACAUGUAGACAGUACCUGAAUAGCUAGGCACAGAUGUGACACAGCUGGUGCAAGUGGAGAGUUUUGUUUUUCCUGGCACAGGUGGAGGGCUGACUAAUGUUAUCUCAUGAGUGGUGGACAGUCACAACUCAAUACUCAUCCUCUCAACUGCUUUAUUGUAACUCAUGCACUUCAUUUAUAUUUUAGUUAUUUACUGUAAAUAUUUUGAAACCUAUCCAGAUUUAUCUUAAGUUAUGAUUUACAAUAAACACUUGUGAAUCCUUGAUGCUAUGACAAAAAUAAUUACUGAAGAAUAUUG